GAGGAGACAAGAAAUAUUUAACAACUAAAGAAAUGAAAUGUUUUCAAACGUGGAGCAGGUUUUAACCGAGGCUCUGUUUGUAAAUGAGGAAACAAAGUUCACAUUCACAGCGCUGCUCCUCUUCCUGGAAUGAAGCACAGCUUGAUAACCCCUCCUUCUUCCUCCUGCUCUCACACACAGCCGGCUCCACUCUGUCCACAUAUCUCCUUGUUCCCUCCCCUUCAGAUCUACAGUUUUAAAGAUGGGUGUAACCAACAUGGCGGUGAAGCGAUAGAGCUGACAGCCUCCAUUCACUGAACAAACACAUGUUGUUCAGAUCAGAAGUCAAAGCAGAGUCGCUUCUAGUGAAGUGAAACUCAGACAGUCGUUGUUACUGAGAGGUGAAAUGGCGCAGAAAGGAGUUCAGCUGGAUCGGGAAACCUUCUCUUGUUCCAUCUGUCUGGAUCUACUGAAGGAUCCGGUGGCUACUCCCUGUGGACACAGCUACUGCAUGAACUGUAUUAAAACACACUGGGAUGAAGAGGAUGUGAAGAAACUCCACAGCUGCCCUCAGUGUAGGCAGACCUUCACACCGAGGCCUGUCCUGCUGAAAAACACCAUGUUAGCAGUUUUAGUGGAGGAGCUGAAGAAGACUGGACUCCAAGCUGCUCCUGCUGAUCACUGCUAUGCUGGACCUGAAGAUGUGUCCUGUGAUGUCUGCACUGGGAGGAAACUGAAAGCCAUCAAGUCCUGUCUGGUCUGUCUGGCCUCUUAUUGUGAGAAACACCUUCAGCGUCAUUAUGACGCAGCUCCAUUAACAAAACACAAGCUGGUGGACCCCUCCAAGAAGCUCCAGGAGAACAUCUGCUCUCAUCACGAUGAGGUGAUGAAGAUGUUCUGCCGUACUGAUCAGCAGUGUAUCUGUUACCUCUGCUCUGUGGAGGAACACAAAGGACACGACACAGUCACAGCUGCAGCAGAAAGGACUGAGAGGCAGAGAGAGCUGGAGGUGAGUCGACUAAACAUCCAGCAGAGAAUCCAGCACAGAGAGAAAGACGUGAAGCUGCUUCAACAGGAGGUGGAGGCCGUCAAUCGCUCUGCCGACGAAGCGGUGAAGGACAGCGAGAAGAUCUUCACCGAGCUGAUCCGUCUCAUGGAGAAAAGAAGCUCCGAUGUGAAGCAGCAGGUCAGAUCCCAGCAGAAAAGUGAAGUGAGUCGAGUCAAAGAGCUUCAGGAGAAGCUGGAGCAGGAGAUCUCUGAGCUGAAGAGGAAAGACGCUGAGCUGAAGCUGCUCUCACACACAGAGGAUCACAACCAGUUUCUACACAACUACCCCUCACUGUCACCACUCAGAGAACCUACAGACUCGUCCGGCAUCGAUAUCCGUCCUCUGAGCUACUUUGAGGACGUGACGGCGGCUGUGUCAGAAGUCAGAGAUAAACUACAGGACGUUCUGAGAGAGAAGUGGACAAACGUCUCACUGGCAGUGACUGAAGUGGACGUUUUACUGUCACCUUCACGAGCAGAGCCCAAGACCAGAGAUGAGUUCUUAAGAUAUUCAAGUGAAAUCACACUGGAUCCAAACACAGCAAGCACAUGGAUGUUAUUAUCUGAGGGGAACAGAAAAGCAACAUUUAGGAGAAAACAGUCUUAUUCUAGUCACCCAGACAGAUUCACUAAAUGUUGUCAGGUCCUGAGUACAGAGAGUCUGACUGGACGUUGUUACUGGGAGGUGGAGUGGAGAGGAGGAGUUGGUGUAGCAGUCGCAUACAAGAAUAUCAUCAGAACAGGGAGCUCUGAUGAAUAUGGAUUUGGAUUGAAUGACAAAUCUUGGGCGUUAGAUUGUGACGAAAACAGUUUUAUAUUUUGGUACAACAAGAUCCAAACUCCCGUCUCUGGUCCUCAGUCCUCCAGAGUAGGAGUGUACCUGGAUCACAGAGCAGGUAUUCUGUCUUUCUACAGCGUCUCUGAAACCAUGACUCUCCUCCACAGAGUCCAGACCACAUUCACUCAGCCUCUCUGUGCUGGACUCAGGUUUUAUUAUGGUUUUGGAGACACUGCUGAGUUCUGUAAACUAAAAUAGUCAGAAGUGAUUUAAGGAACAGCAAAUUAAUUUUUGUGUUUUGAUCCUGAAACUCAUUUUGUCUUCAUCAUUGUCGCUUAAUUGCUGAUUGAUCUUCAGCUGUCAAUCAAACAUUGUGGGCGGUGCUUUGACAUCUUCUCAUCAUUGUUGUGUAAAUGUUUGAGUGUCUUUAGGUGGAGCUCCUUUCUGUGUCUGUUUAGCCAUGGAGGCUAUCACUGCUCAUGAUGACCUUUGUUGACCUGAACUGAUAUUUCUCUUCAUGAAAAUGUAAACUGCUCUGAGGUUUAAAUGUUUGAUAAAUAUUAGUAUUGAUGUAUUUGUUAGUUGUUUCUCUUCCACUGCAUGGCUCUUAAAGAGAGAAAUCACCAGAGCUUCUUUUAUCAAAGAGAUUUAGUUCUCAGCACUCUUUGUAAAGAUUUCUUUCAGUGAAAUUAUGUUUAUUUUCUAUAACAGAUUAAACGUUGUUCUUGUUUUCUUAAUCGUUGUACAAAAGAGGUACUAUGAUGUAUUAUAUAACUAAUUAUUAUCAUCAUAGUCAAUAAGUAAAUCAUUCAUUAUUCUCUUUAAAAAACAAACAAUAUGCUUUAUGAAUAUUUAGUAUUUGACUCUGUUCAUCAAACCAAUUUACAAAAUGGUUCCAAUUAAAAAAAACAUCUCUCAAUGUCAAAAAAUCUAAUCUGCUGAAAGUCUUCAGUGAAUAAGUGAAUUAGCCACAGGUCUCAUCCACAGGUUUCCUUUGAGUCCUGAUUGAUGAAACUCUGAGCUUGAAGAGUCAUAUUCUGUUUGUUUUCAAUAAAACAUCUAAAUCAACAUCGUUGGCAAGUUUCAAAGUUUGCUUCACCAAAAGUGUUCAACAACUUUCUAUGAAGCUUCAUUUAUCCUGACCUCAUUUCCUGCUCUGUUUUGGGGAGCCACUUAUCCCGCUUAACUUUAUUAGCUUUAUGUUUCUACAAAGAAGCACUUUGUAUCAAAGUGAAGUGUGAAGAAUAAAAAUCAGUUUGACUCAUUUAAGAAAACUCAUGUCUGACUUUAAGAGAAAUAAUAUUUAUUUAAAGAAACAGACGAUUACAUGACUAAAUGAGGAAACCUAAAAUACUAACAGCUGAACAUGUGCAACAGUUAAAAUGGUCUUUGCAACUGAAAACAGUGAGCAGCAACAUGAACACAUCACUCUACUCUGUCAGCAGGUUCAAUGUGCCGCUCUUUAAAAACACAAAUACAUUUCACUACUUGUUUAGUUUUGGUAGACUAAAUGAAUUAUCAGUGAAUUACUAUGUAUUCAUGUAAAUGUUUAACUGAUUACAAGAAUCAUAAUGACUUGUUUUAGGACACAAAUCUUUAUGUAACAUAGUUCAUACCUAAACAUGAAUCUGAUGGAAACUUCAAACAUGUGUUAAAUGUAAAGUUUUAUGUAUAUACAUGAAUGUAUAUUUAUACAUUUAUAUUUAUUUAUUUCUCAAUGAAUCUUUCUAGUAGAGAAAGGAGUCUGGAUACUUGCAAUCCUAAAGCAGAGGACAGUUAACAGAAACAACAGCAAAACAAAUGUCAGCAAACGUGUUUAUUAACUUGCAGUAACACAUAUGCACAUAUGUUAUAUUUUUUCUAUGAAUUGUCCCUUUUUUGCUUGCAAGGCAGUCACCCUCCCCUGCAGGAUUAUUUUCUCCAAAAUUGUCCAAAUCACAUUGAGAAAAUGAUGAAAAGAGAAACAUUUAUCAAUAAUGUUCACACGAGGAUGUGAACUUAGAAGAUUGACACAUUUUACACAGCAGAAUAUACAC